AUGUUUAAUAACGCAACAAAUGCAUCAUGGACGAACUGCACAGAACAGUCAAACACUGUUUAUGUUACAGUGUACACACUAGUCUUUAUAAUCGGGCUUAUUCUGAACUUAUUUGCACUUGUCAUUUUCUUUUGCCACACUAAGUCUCGCUCACACACCACUGUGUACAUGACCAACCUGGCAUUGGCGGACCUCAUUCUAGUUUGUGCUCUCCCAAUAAGGAUCUACAAAUACCUGGGAUUUGAAGUAAAACAACACAUCUGUGAAAUUUCUGGUCUCAUACUGUUAGCCAACAUGUACGGAAGCAUCCUACUUCUAACCUGCAUUAGCCUUGAUCGUUGCUUGGCGGUCUGUUUCCCGUUGUCAUCCCGAGUGCGUGAAGGCCGCAAAAAGGCACCACUAGUGUGCUUGGGGAUUUGGAUGUUAACAAUAGGUGCUAGCUUGCCUAUGUACCUGGCUAAAAAAACUAACAACAGCAUAAAACAAGACAACUGCUUUGGAAGUUUUCCACAAUAUGCUGUACAGACAACCGCACUUAUCUCCACCCUAACUGUAGGAUUCGGGAUGCCUCUGGUCAUUAUGGCCCUCAGUUCAUGUGGGCUUGUGCGUGCAAUCAGUAAGAGCACUGCUGCCCAGACACCUGACUUGGUUAACAGCCGCAGGAUCCACAGGAUGGUAAGCACCAACAUGGCCAUAUUUUUGGUCUGCUUUCUGCCAUAUCAUAUCUUGCUGAUGAUGUUGCACUUUUACAGAAACCAUAUUGAAAGUAUGCCAUGUGCAAUGUUAUAUGCCUACCGCUACAGUUUAAUGUUAGCUUGUCUAAAUGCCACCCUGGACCCACUGGCAUACUACUUCACCACAGAGACUUUUCGUAAAAAUGUCGACAUAGAUGCUGUUUGGAGAAUGUGGCCUUUGAACAAUUUAAGCUCAGAUGAAAACAGCCGUUCAAGAGCAGCACUCAAUACAUGAAGACACAAAUAGUCUUUCUGCUUGGAGAAAACUGAAAAACUAGUAAAAACUGCUGUCCACAAACAUGAUAACCGCCUCUGUAAUUUAGGAAAUGACUUUUCAUUUGCAUCUGUGUUAACAGAACUGUGAAGAAG